CUCGGAUUCUGGUCCGCGACCCACUUGCCUUCUCCCGCAUGAUCUGCCCAAGAAUGGCACGCCCCUCCAGGUGCCAACGAAGUAUCGAUUGCGAAUUACCGAAUCCACAGCAGUGGAACAAACAGGAGAUCUCCAGGAGAUGCUGCCUGAGUUCACUCCCUGCAACGCACUCUCUUGACACGGCACCGUCUACUUUCUCCUGCUCGCAACUUCGACAGGGUGACAUGGCCAACAAGGUUUUAAUAUUCGUGGGCGCGCCGGAGAGCAAGACCUUGGAUUGGGGCUCGGAUGACUUGAUGUGCGAAUUCCUCAGCGACAUCGCCUGGCUCUGUGGCGUGGACGCAGGUACCCGGUUGCCUGCCGCGACCUCCUCUGUGCCGGAACACGCCGUUUGGAGAUCGCUCUCACUGGUCAAGGCGCCUAUCCCGACCGGAUUCUCACAAAAGCAUCACGGGAGCUUCGAAUAUGACCCUGGGAAUUCCUCGUUCGACCUCAGUUCGGACUUCCUCACUCCGGCAUCCCUGUCCUUCGUAUCCGAGGGCGACCACGCCGAGCACAGCCCCGUCUUGUCCCAAUUUUACGAGCACUCCAUGGCCGCCCACCAAGAAUUUGCCUCGUCUCAGCUGGUUACACAGUCAGGCGACGAGGUACCAUCCGCCCUCAGCGACAAUUCCACAUCCUUCCUCAGCGGCGAUGGCAGCCAGAAGGAGUUCGCCAAGGGGCCGUUGCUGUUCCGGGGAAGCGACCUUCUCAGUGACCUCAAGGAUAUCCCCUCGGCAGCCCAUCUGCUCAAGAUCCAGCCGCAGACCAUGACCUGCAACUUAAUCGUAGGCAUCAUUUCCCUUUCGCAGCCACGAGCAGUCAAAACUCGCUGGGGUGCCACAAAACACCUCGUCGAGCUCCUGGUGGGAGACGAAACCAAGGCUGGUUUUGCCGUGACGUACUGGCUCGCGUCCGACGACGUGGGCGAGAGCCCUCUUGCAGGACUGCGGCCGCGAGACAUCAUUCUACUGCGCAAUGUGGCCCUGAAUGUGUUCACCAGCAAGGUGUACGGGUCCAGCCUACGGAAGAACCUCACAACGGUCCAUCUUCUCUACCGAUUGAAGCUGGAUUCCCAAGAUACUAGCGGCUACUACAGCACAGCCGACUUAUCAUCUACUGAGAAUACCCACCCGCAGCUAGAAAAAACACGCCGGGUCCGAGACUGGGUCCUCAAUUUUGUUGGACGGGAGAAUCGUGAUGGGGGCGACGCAGAUUCCAGGCCUCGCUGGGCCAGGCCGCCCGCAGACGACACUCAAUUGCUAUGACUACUGCCCCCGCUCGCUUUGGAAAGGGAUAUAGCUACUUGGGACCUCUCCGGCCUUUCGUUCGGCUCUCCCAGUUGUCAGCCCCACAAAUUCCGGAGUAGGUUCCGCUCCGCCUCCGCCCGAGCCCUGUCCGGGCACAGCUUGGCGCGGCUAAUCAGUGAAACCUCCGUGUGGCUGUGAGCACCGAAACGCGUCAUGACAGAAAUUGUGUCCACGCGGAUGCACGUCUCAAAGAUCAGGGGCAGCGGCGGCCUCAGCGAGGGAAUAACGUGCGCAACGUGUAUAAUUCCUGUUGUUUUCACGAAAAUCUCUUAGUCAGUCCGCAUGAGGACGAGGAGAUCCGCAGCGCAGCCUGGGAAAGAUGAUGCGCAGAAGCCACAAGAAGUCCCGGAACG